AUGGCUAGUGGACUCGGUCAACGGCCACUCUCCGAAGUGAGCCCCAUGGCGCAGCGACGCAACUCCCCGAUCUGGAAUCAGACCACGAAGAAGCCAAACGGCGAGUCGCCUGCGUUCGAUGUAUCUCCUCUGAAUAACAAACACUCCACGCGUCUCUUCUGGAAAGGUCGCGAAUCUCCCUCUCCAUUCGCCAAAGGCGCUGAAAAUCUCGCCCCAUACGACCCGGAGGGUGUCUAUCUACCAGCAAAACGCCCGUCUCUCGAGGACCUCAAGCGCGCAUCGCGGGUCAAGAAUUAUAGCAUGCUCCAGGGCGCCCAAGAGUACGACCCGGCUCAAGUUUCGCUUCCUCACAGACCCUUGGCCACCGACCGAUCUCCCAACCGUGACAGUCAGAUGAAUCUCGCGAAGUCUCAACUUGCAGAUGACUGUAACAUGGAACCUACACCAAGACCGGUCUCUCCCAGCAAAGAUCAGCCCUCACCAGGAAAAUCCUCGCUAUCCAAGGGCAGUCGAUAUGGAAAGGGAUUCGACCCUCAGAACGAUAUCUGGUCAGAGUAUGAUAGCGCUGGCCACCGACAUGCUAAGAGCGUGACAUUUGAUGUUGCACCUCCUCAAGUGAAUGAGUAUGAAAUGCGUACUCCCGACCCCGCCUCUGUCGCCUCCGGCUCGCGUGAGAACAGCUAUGAUUCUGAGGAGGAGGGUGAUAUUAGCUUUGACCAUGACACGUCCUUUGAUGAACGUGAUGAUAGCUUCGACGCAUCUCUUGAAGAUAUUGAAAAGACCCCAGUUGUUCUACCAGAGGACUGGCGAUUCAUGACUCCCGACAGUGAGAAUGGUGAUGAAGAGUCUUUUACCGAGUCUGUUGAUGAUCAGGUCGCUGAGGAGCGUCCUGCAUCGCGUGAAGGCAAAACUUCCAGCCACGCACGAGUAGAGUCUCUCGAUUCCAAUGGAGAGCGACGUCCACUGCCUCCACUGCCUUCUCUGUCACGCUUGUCUCUUUCGGGUCCAUCUUCGCCCGGAAAACUUGCUGCCGCUUUCGAGCUGGGCAGUGCUGGUCACCGCUCUCUGCCCAUUGUGCCUGCCGCUGCCUCUUACAAUAAAGCCGAUAUCAAUGGUGCGAUGUCCCUGGAGGACCGACUUCGGCUUAUGAUGCUGCAUGAGCAGAAGGGCGACCAGAAGGGCAACGAGGGAGAAUCUGUCGGUGAUGUCCCCGUUAAGGCGUCCAAUAAUGUUAAUGACAAUGACAUGGGCGCCGAAAACGAAGCCAACGGAGACAAGCCGUCCAAGGAUGACAUGUUUUCCCCUCCCCGUAUCUCUCGCGACUCAAUUCUCAGAGACAUCCGCAAGGGUGAGAGCUACGAUGAUGAUGACGUGUUCGGUGACGAUUCUCACCUUGACGCAAGUCCCAAUUCGUACCACCAUUACGACCCGGAUGUCCCAAUUCCUUCCUUGGAAGACGAGGACGACGAUGACACUUCCAGCGUGAUCAUCAAGGAAGAGGCCCGUGAUGAUUCUCUUUACACGAUCACAGACUAUUAUCAGCAUCUGUCCGAUAACAGCUUAUCGUCCAGAGAUCAGCGAGCGACAUACGAUGACGACAGCAACUAUUCCCUGCGAUCUGCCGCCGAAGCUGCCAUCAAUAAUGCCGCUGACAAGGGAUCCAGCGAGAGCACCCCGACUGCUGAAGAGACAAAGGAAGCCUCCCCCGAUGUAAUGAUAAAGCAAGAGCGGUCUCCUGAACCUGAUGAGUAUCAUCCCCUUGACAUGGCAUCAAUCCGCCAAUGUCUUGGUCGUCCUGUGACCCCUGAGAUCAAGCAGGAACCAAUCUCUGAGCCCUCCACCCCUGACUCUGUUAUUCGGCACCCCGUGGAGGAGGAAGACGGACAGCACGGAGAGGAGGAAUGCGAGGAGGAUGCUAGCUCUUCAGACGAGUCCAUCCCCGAACCUGUCGCAACCAUCCGCGCUCCCGGUGCUGGCCUUAAGACCCGCCCAUCGCUAACCCCGGCGGAUAUGGAGUCGAUGGCUGCUACUCGUCGCAAGAUCAGUGGACAAUACCCGCCUCCGAUGCCAGCACUGACAAAGCAGAUCUCGAACGAAUCCGAGAAAUCUGAUCGCGAGGACAAGAUGUCCGAUCUCCCACCUCAGCUGACCUUGCCAUCCAAUCUCACUCAACGACAGGCUAGCCUGAUGAAACUCGACAUUCCGUUCAGCAUUCAGGAGGAAAGUCUCGGCUCAGGCCUGAGCAGAGAAUUCGAUCGUGUCAUCGAGUCCCAAAAGGUUGCGUUCGAACUCGCUCUUUCCCAACUUUCCUCUUGCCCUCCGCCGGUUCCCCAGGCCCAGAACCAGCCGGCUCCCAAACCCCCAGGAACUUCCAACCCCGAGAUUGCCAUAUCAGCCACUAACACUCCUCGUCGUGAACAGAGAGGCUAUCUCAUGAGACAGAACACCAAAGUUGUCAUUGCCAGCAACCGAAACGAGGAGGAGCCCACCCUCGCUGCCGACCAGAACAACCCGGAUCCUCGGGGUACUCGCUCUGCAGGUUCAUCUCCUCGUAAAGCCAGCCAGCAGACCUGGACGACGGUCCCGUGGAAUGGCCAGGCCCGCCGUCCUAGUGUGAAGACAGCGGCUGGCAUCCCGAAGAAGAAGCCUGUUCCCGGAUCAGUUCCUCCACUUCCUGGCCACCAGAGCAACGUACAGGAGGCUCCAGCGACCAUCGAUGAGAACGAGCCCAUGAUCAGCGAGGCAUAUGAAGAGGGAGAAGAGCGGGGUCGCCUAUUUGUCAAGGUCGUCGGCAUCAAGUAUCUUGACCUGCCCAUGCCCCGUGGUGAACGAUCUUAUUUUGCGCUGACUCUAGACAAUGGCCUUCAUUGUGUCACAACCUCGUGGCUGGAACUGGGCAAGUCUGCUCCCAUCGGACAGGAAUUUGAGCUCAUCGUGCAAAAUGAACUCGAGUUCCAACUUACCCUCCAAAUGAAGGUUGAUGAUAGCAAGUUCUACCCACAGGAGGCUGCCGGAUCUCCUCGCCAGAAGGCGUCCGCCCUGAGUCGUGUCUUUGCAUCGCCUCGCCGCCGCAAGGAGCUAGACCUGAAGCAGCAAAUGCAGACGCAGCAGCAAAAAGCGAACAACGUCAACGCCCCAGUCUAUGAAAAACUGCGCAACCUGGUUGCCCGUGACGGCAGCUUUGGACGUGCUUACGUCGCAUUGAGCGACCACGAGAAGAUGUCAUUUGGUCGCCCCUACACCGUGGAUGUUGCUUGCUUCAAUGAGUGGGCGGUGGAUGAGCAACCCAGUAGCGUGAAGAGUAAGAAGAGCGCAACUAGCGUGACGGCUCAACGCCGUCCGCCAUACAAGAUUGGCAAACUAGAGCUGCAGCUGCUAUUUGUUCCCAAGCCCAAGGGCAGCAAGGACGAGGACAUGCCCAAGAGCAUGAAUGCUUGUAUUCGUGAAAUGCGCGAUGCAGAGAGCCUUGCCGCUCGUUCCUGGGAGGGCUUUCUUUCGCAGCAGGGGGGAGACUGUCCUUACUGGCGCCGCCGCUUCUUCAAGCUCCAGGGUUCAAAACUGACCGCGUAUCAUGAGACUACCCGCCAGCCCCGUGCUACCAUCAACCUGGCCAAGGCCUCCAAACUCAUUGACGACCGUCCCUCUCUGACACAGAAGGAGACUAGCACUAAGGGUGGUGGUCGCCGCAAGUCUGCCUUCGCCGAGGAGGAGGAGGGCUACAUGUUCGUCGAGGAGGGAUUCCGUAUCCGGUUCGGCAAUGGUGAAGUGAUCGACUUCUACGCAGAUUCAGCUGCCGAAAAAGAUGGCUGGUUGCGAGUGAUGUCAGAGGCUGUUGGCAAAGGAUCAUCGACCGGUAGUGGUGCGAUCAAACCCUGGGCCGAUCUCGUUCUGAAGCGUGAGAUCAGCAUGAAGAAUAGGCGUAAGACCGUCGACCGCCUUCCUCCAAGCGGUAUUCCAGUUGCCCUUGCCUCGCCUGUCGGCAAACGCCCAAGUGGAGUUGGAGCACCGCCGGCUUCUGCGGGCGAUGGGGCGCAGGCGUCCCAGUCCCCCCGACCCAGACACAAGCACACCUUCUCCCAGCCCGAGCUACCGAGUGCCGAAGCUCGCCGCCAGAAGACUCGCUCCCUUUUGUUCUAA